AUGGCCAAACCAGAAACCAUAGGAGCGAUAUCUGCUGUAUCAGCCUUGCUAGAAUCAACCAUUAGUCUUCUCGGACGACUCCCAAAGACCUACCAGGACCCAAAAAACUCAGCCCAAAUUCUUGGAACUCACGUCGUCGAGAUCCAAAGAGUCCUGGAAAUCCUCGAGCUAGUCAAGCAUGAAGUUGAUUUGCGCACUACCGCCGUUCUCUCCGAGAUCGAGACCAUUCACAUAAUAGCGACGGAACUGAACAGUCAUCUAGAAGUUAUGCUAUCAGGGGAAAAAAGCCAAGCACGUCGCUCUGAUCCUCAAUCCCUGCAAGAGACAAAAGAACAAGAGGCGCUGACAAAGCUGAUGGCGCUGCUUGAGAACGCGAAAUCGGAAUUGGGUGUGGGUUUAAAUGCUGCACGUGUAGAAGUGACGCGGCUUGUGAGCGAUAAAAUGAAUAUUUUGAAUCGAGUAGACGAGCUACUUUGGAAUACAUUUGGCGAUGAUAGAGGUCUUGCGAGGACUGGUGUGGUCAAGAAGUACCAACCUCGAAAAACAAACAGUGUUGAUGUGGCACGAGAAAAUAUAGAAGACGCGGAACGAGUUUCCCGUCGGAUUGUCUCAAAUAACGUGGCCAGAGAACAAGCUCUACAGAUCAAUGCGCCUAUAGGAGAGAAAGGAUGGCGCGAAGCGUUUCAACUGAAGAUUCGAGACAACGAAGCUGCUGGAAAUAGUAUCCAGAUCAACCAUGCAAUCUCUGAAGAUUUGUUCAAUAGAUUACUGGCGCAUAGAAAUUGA